AUGACAAAACAAUCAACCCGAUACUGCUUUACAUUGAACAAUUACACUGACAAUGACAUUGAGCUUUUAAGGGACUUCUAUGCAAAUUAUUGCAAAUACCUAGUAUACGGCAAAGAAGUAGGAGAACAAGGCACCCCCCACCUCCAAGGAUUCUUCACGUUGAAGACAAAGCUGUCCAUGCCAGCUGUUCAUAAAGCUCUAGGAACCAAGUCCAUUGCUCUUUUGGUUGCUUCGGGCACGUCUUUCCAAGCCGCCACCUAUUGUAAGAAAGGCCAACAAACCAAAGAAGAAUGGAACUCACUUAAAGACUCUGGCCCCAACCACGGCCUUAACUUCAAAGGAGAAGAAUUUGGUAGUAUCCCCUCACCGGGAAAACGUGUCGACCUAGACCUUCUGUGCGAAGCAGUUGAAGAAGGCAAAUCCUUGUUAGAAGUAUCUAAGAUUCACCCAGCGUCAUAUGUCCGUAAUUACCGAGGUCUGGCAAACCUCCAAGCCUUGAACACUAAACCCUAUGAACAUGAAACAGUCCGUGGAGUGUACUACUGGGGACUCCUGGUACAGGUAAAUCCCAUACAGCCCGCAGUCUAUGUCCUGAAUCACUAUACAUUAAACCCCAAAGCAAAUGGUGGGAUGGAUAUGCCAGUGAAUCACACGUCCUCUUAG